CAGGGAUGUAUCUUUUCGGUUUCUAGAUGGAAAAAAUCAAAACAUGGCCUGCAACGCUUUGUUGAGAAAAAAUUCGCUUAUUUUCAAUGUACGCCAUCGGAAUUUGGCCACCAAAGCGGCUACCAAACAAUCUGCCAGCCCCGCCGGGAGCAAGUGGCGAAGCGUAAUCGGCUUGGAAGUGCACGCCCAAAUUCAAACCUCUUCCAAACUAUUCUCCGGAGCCGAAGUGAGCUUCGGGGCCCCCAUCAAUUCUUGUGUGUCCCUGUUCGAUGCCUCGGUUCCGGGAACGCUUCCGGCUCUGAAUCGUCGAUGCGUCGAACAGGCCAUUCGAACGGCGCUGGCCCUGGGCUGCCGGAUUGCACCGGUUUCCAGUUUCGAUCGGAAACACUAUUUUUAUGCCGACUUGCCAGCAGGUUAUCAGAUAACGCAACAGCGGGAACCGUUGGCCCGCGGGGGAUUGCUUUCGUUUCCGGUGUUUGUUCCCGGGGUCACCCGGAAGCCGUACUACAAAUCGGCUCGGCUGCUUCAGCUGCAGCUGGAACAGGACAGCGGCAAAUCGUUGCACGAUCCGAUCGAGCGCAAAAGCCUAGUUGAUCUGAACCGUGCGGGCGUUCCCCUGAUGGAACUGGUCUUCGAACCGGAUCUGGAAACCGGAGAAGAAGCAGCCGCACUGGUUAAAGAGUUGAUUCUGAUUCUAACUAGGCUAGGUAGUUGCUCGUGCAGGAUGGAAGAAGGUGCCUUGAGAGUCGAUGCCAACAUUUCGGUGCACCAACCGGACACUCCACUAGGAACGCGCACCGAAGUCAAAAAUAUCGGUUCGGUCCGUGCGGUUGCCCAAGCCAUCGAACACGAAAUCCAACGACAGAUAGGGAUCCUGGACGAGGGUGGACGAAUUUUUAACGAAACUCGCGCCUGGGAUGCCGUCGGCCGUCAAACGGUGGCCAUGCGCGACAAAGAAGUCGUACAGGACUAUCGGUUCAUGCCGGAACCGAAUCUGCCACCACUACAUGUACGCGUUGAUGAGCAAAGCGCAACCAUUGACGAUCCUCAUACGGUGGAUGCCGUUCGAAUCUUCUCCGAGCUGCCGGAACUUCCAGACGAAACACGCAAAAAUAUCGUCGAGGUGCACAACCUUACAGAGGAAAUGGCAAUCAUUCUAGUCAACGACAUAACUUUGUACGGACACUUCCAAGCGAUCAUUCAAAGUUCCUCGACAACGAGACCCCCAAAGGUAGUAGCCAACUUCCUUAUCAACGAACUGCUAACAACAUUAAACAAAAACAAGAUGGACUUGGAUCAGUGUCGCAUUUCAAGCAACCAUUUGGCCCAGCUUAUCGAUAUGCUGCAAGCCAAUACCAUCAACCCGUACCUGGCUAGACUGAUCCUUCAGGAACUGUUGCUGGCAACGACUAACGAAGAGCGACCGGCCGACAUUGCCCAGCGAAACGACUGGCUUAUGAUAACGGACCCGGCCAGGAUCGAACAGCUGUGUCGGGAGGUAAUCCAACGCAAUCCCAAGCUGGUCCAGAAGUACCAGUCCGGCAAGGAUAAGAUGUUGUACGCGUUGGCCGGCGAAAUUGCGAAGGCCACCGAGCAGAAGGUUGACAUGGCCAAGGUGGUGGAGCUGCUUAGGGCCAUGCUGAAGACGGCGGCUUAGGAUUGGAGAGGUUUGUUAUUAGGAUUAGGGUAAUAAAUUCCGUUAACGUAGUA